GGUGGCUCCACGUCGCUGGGUGGGACUUGGCUCGGUGGCCAUGGGCAAGCAGAACAGCAAGCUGCGGCCGGAGAUGCUGCAGGACCUCCGGGAGAAUACAGAGUUCUCAGAGCUGGAGCUGCAGGAGUGGUACAAGGGCUUCCUCAAGGACUGCCCCACCGGCAUCCUCAAUGUGGAUGAGUUCAAGAAGAUCUACGCCAACUUCUUCCCCUACGGUGACGCCUCCAAGUUCGCUGAACACGUCUUCCGCACCUUCGACACCAACAGCGAUGGCACAAUCGACUUCCGGGAGUUCAUCAUUGCACUGAGUGUGACCUCGCGUGGCCGCCUGGAGCAGAAGCUCAUGUGGGCCUUCAGCAUGUAUGACCUGGACGGCAAUGGCUACAUCAGCCGUGAGGAGAUGCUCGAGAUUGUGCAGGCCAUUUACAAGAUGGUUUCUUCCGUGAUGAAGAUGCCGGAGGACGAGUCGACCCCGGAAAAGAGGACUGAGAAGAUCUUCCGCCAAAUGGAUACAAACAACGACGGCAAGCUGUCCCUGGAGGAGUUCAUCCGCGGGGCCAAAAGCGACCCGUCCAUCGUGCGUCUGCUGCAGUGUGACCCCAGCAGCGCCUCCCAGUUCUGAGCGAGAGAAGCCAGGUUCCCCCUCCUCCCUGCCUUCACUGGCCCUCUCCCGGCUCUCAGCUUCCUCUCCUUUGUGUCUAUCCAGGCUGGGGGUCAGACUGGGCCUCCCCUCCAGGGUCUGCACUCUGGGAGGGGGCUAUGGAGAAGGGAACCCUGCAGUCCCUCCAGGGCCCAAGCAAGCGGUUAGCAACCCCAAAUCUAAGAGGCAAUAUCCCCUUUUGGCAAUGAUAGGGAGACAGGCUCUGGCUUGGAGUCAGUCCUCCCUUACCUAGAUGUAAGAAUUUCAAUCAUUCCCCCUACCACACAAGGCCAUGAGGCCAGACUUCCCAGCUCCAAUCACUGGUCACGCCCCCACCCCACCUCCCCCCACCCCUAUCCCCGCCCUUUUAGAUCUCAGCCUGGGUGGAUCGGGAGAACCAUGCCCAGGUGAGAAGCCUGUCUUUUUAUUUGGAGGGGAGAGAAGGAUUCCAGAGAUGGAGGGUAUUGGGGUUAAGGAAAAAGCUUCUUUGAGUCACCCUUACCUGCAGGAGGGCCUCAACCCUUCUGGUUCCAGCUCUUAUUGGCCUGGAGAUCAUGAUGCAAAAGGAAAUCUGCCAAUUCCAGCCCCUCAGCUGUGGGUCUCAUGAACCCCCCACCUGCCUUUCAGCAUUUGGAUGAAUACAGACCCACAGACCCCUCUGUGUAUUUUGUCUCCCUCAGACACACACACACACACACACAGGCCCACAGCCAGAUGGGCAGACAACACCCAGAGCCCCACCCACAGCAUCCUGUGUGGGAAAGCAGCACAGGCCCCCCUGGAUGAGCCCUCUCCCUAUUGCAUGCAUCCCCGUGGAGCAUCUCUGUUCUUUUUAAUAACUUCAAAAUAAAGUCUUGUUUCAGUGCA